AUGCCUUCUCCAUCAGCACCGCGCGGCCGUGGCCGUCCCCGCAAGAGCGACGCUGGCGUCGAGGCUGAUUCGGCCGGCGCCGCCGUCGACAGGACUCCCAAGUCGCGCAGAGGCCCUUCCGCCCGCGCCCCCGGCGAGGCUGACGCAAAAGUCACCAAGUCUGGCGGCACCGGACGUCGCGGCAGGCCACCCAAGGACGCCAACGCACCCCCAAAGCCCCCCGGACCCAAGAAGGAACCGUCUGGCCGCCCCAGGGGCCGCCCUCGGUUGUAUGCGCCCGGCGAGUCCCCCACCGCGCUCAAGAUCGCCGCCAAGCGCGCCGCAGCCAAGAAGGACGGCCGAGGCAGGCCGCGCAAGAACGGCGGCCUCUCAGAGGUCAAGAAGGCCGACAAUGGUGAGGGAGAGGACGAGGAAGAUGAUGAGGAUGCCGACGCCGACGCUAAUGGCGAGAACGAGGAUGACAUUGAUGAGGAAGCCUUGAAGGAGGCCAUCGAUUCACUCCUCGAUGACAAUUACUGA